AUGACGAUCAAUUAUAGACAGAAGUGGGUACAGGACCUCCCACCUCCAGGAGGUUGGGCACCUCUGCCCUUUGGUAGACAGACACCAAAGAUGGUCUCUGGUUACAAGUUGUUUGGAGCUACAUUCAUUAUUAUGAGUGUUGGUACCUACAUCUAUAUCAACACAAGAAUACAAGAUCUCCAAGACGAUGAGACUGAGAGAAUCCGUUUGUCAAAGAUAUUGCCCAUCAUCCAGGCUGAGAAUGAUAUUCUGUUCCUUGGAUCGACUCACAAGAAUGUAUACACAACUAGAUGGAUGCCACCAUUGAUCAACAACAAUGGUGCUUACAGAAUGAUCCCAAGAGAGUUGAACUUGGCAAACAAGAAGCCUCAGUCACAUCAUCAC